UUUACUUCCUGUGCAGCUGCUGCUGGACACAGCCAGAGCACUGAGAGAUAUCAGGUAUUGCUGUAACUGGAGUGAAUAACGGAACCUUCUUCCUGAGCACAGACAUUGGAGCCUGUUAUCAGCAUGAGCUCAUAUGUGUUAGACACGUUCAGAGCACUGAGAGAUAUCAGGUAUUGAUGUAACUGGAGUGAAUAAGGGAACCUUCUUCCUGAGCACAGACAUUGGAGCCUGUUAUCAGCAUGAGCUCAUAUGUGUUAGACAAACACUUGAAUAGUUCAUAUCCAUCCUUCAUGACAGGAAGCAUCAGAAUGAUACCGCAAACUCCAAAAGUCUUAGACACCAAUGACAAUUCACCAACUUUGGGGAACGCACAGCAGAUAUUUGUUAAAUUGGCAGGAACUGAGCAGCAGUCUUUAUGUACAGAGAGUAAUUUAAUCAUCAAACAAGAGGACAACAUGUAUGCCUUAUCUAGUGAAAUGAUUAUCCCAGAGGAUACACCACACACAUUUACUGGGUUUUCAAAACAUUUAAAAGAAGGGAAACGUCUUAAGUCUAGCCAAAUGAUUCAUACCAAUAAGAAACCAUUCAAAUGUACAGAAUGUGAGAAAGGCUUCACAUGUAAUUUGCAUCUCCCUGAACACCACACAGUUUACACAGUUGGGAAACCUCACACAUGUACAGAAUGUGGGGGAUGUUUUACUUCCAAGGGAAACCUAUCUGAUGAAAAUACCCACACAGAACAAAAUCCUUUCACAUGUACAGAGUGUGGCAAAUGUUUCAUACCAAGGACAAGCCUUAUACCUCAUGAAAGGACCCACACAGGGGAGAAACCAUUAAUAUGUGCUGAUUGUGGGAAAGGUUUUAGAUUUAAGUCUGAUCUGAAAUCUCAUGAAAUAAUUCACACAGUACAAAAACCUUUCACAUGUACAGAGUGUGGAAAAAUGUUUACACACAAGAGUAAUCUAAAAUCUCAUGAAAGGAGUCACACAGGGGAAAAGCCUUUCACAUGUACAGUGUGUAGAAAAAGUUUUACACAAAAGGGUGAUCUGAAAAAGCAUGAAAGGAGUCACACUGGAGAAAAACCUUUCACAUGUACAGUGUGUAGAAAAAGUUUUACACAUAUGAGUACUCUGAAAAAUCAUGAAAGAAUUCACACAGGAGAAAAGCCUUUCACAUGUACAAAGUGUGGAAAACAUUUUACACAAAUAAAUAUUCUGAAAAAUCAUGAAAGGAUUCACACAGGGGAAAAGCCUUUCAAAUGUACAGAGUGUGGAAAAUGUUUUACACAAAUAAAUAGUCUGAAAACUCAUGAAAGGAGUCACACAGGAGAAAAGCCUUUCACAUGUACAGAGUGUGGAAAAAGUUUUACACAAAAGGGUGAUCUGAAAAAGCAUGAAAGGAGUCACACUGGAGAAAAACCUUUCACAUGUACAGUGUGUAGAAAAAGUUUUACACAUAUGAGUACUCUGAAAAAUCAUGAAAGAAUUCACACAGGAGAAAAGCCUUUCACAUGUACAAAGUGUGGAAAACAUUUUACACAAAUAAAUAGUCUGAAAAAUCAUGAAAGGAUUCACACAGGGGAAAAGCCUUUCAAAUGUACAGAGUGUGGAAAAUGUUUUACACAAAUAAAUAGUCUGAAAACUCAUGAAAGGAUUCACACAGGAGAAAAGCCUUUCACAUGUACAGAGUGUGGAAAAAGUUUUACACAAAUAAAUGGUCUGAAAAGUCAUGAAAAGAGUCACACCAGGGAAAAUCCUUUCACAUGUACAGAGUGUGGAAAAAGUUUUACACAUAAGAGUAGUCUGAAAACUCAUGAAAAGAGUCACACAGGGAAAAAUCCUUUCACAUGUACAGAGUGUGGAAAAAGUUUUACACAUAUGAGUAGUCUGAAAACUCAUGAAAAGAGUCACACAGGGAAAAAUCCUUUCACAUGUACAGAGUGUGGAAAAAGUUUUGCACAAAUAAGUCAUCUGAAAACUCAUGAAAGAAGUCACACAGGAGAAAAGCCUUUCACGUGUACAGAGUGUGGAAAAAGGUUUACACGAAUGGAUAGUCUGAAAAUUCAUGAAAGGAGUCACACAGGAGAAAAGCCUUUCACGUGUGCAGAGUGUGGAAAAUGUUUUACACUUAUAAGUCAUCUGAAAACUCAUGAAAGGAGUCACACAGGAGAAAAGCCUUUCACAUGUAAAGAGUGUGGAAAAAGUUUUACACAAAUAAAUAGUCUAAAAACUCAUGAAAUGAUUCACACAGGAGAAAAGCCUUUCACAUGUACAGAGUGUGGAAAAAGUUUUAUACAAAUAAAUAGUCUAAAAACUCAUGAAAGGAUUCACACAGGAGAAAAGCCUUUCACAUGUACAGAGUGUGGAAAAAGUUUUACACAAAAGGGUGAUCUGAAAAAGCAUGAAAGGAGUCACACUGGAGAAAAACCUUUCACAUGUGCAAAUUGUGGAAAACGUUUUGCACAUAUAAGUCAUCUGAAAACUCAUGAAAGAAGUCACACAGAAGAAAAGCCUUUCACGUGUACAGAGUGUGGAAAAAGGUUUACACGAAUGGAUAGUCUGAAAAUUCAUGAAAGGAGUCACACAGGAGAAAAGCCUUUCAAAUGUAAAGAGUGUGGAAAAAGUUUUACACAAAUAAAUAGUCUGAAAACUCAUGAAAGGAGUCAGUCACACAGGAGAAAAGCCUUUGUCAAUAGUUCAUAUCCAUCCUUCACUACAGGAAGCAUCAGAAUGAUACCGCAAACUCCAAAAGUCUUAGACACCAAUGACUAUUCACAAACAUUGGGGAAAUCACAGCAGAUAUUUAAAGAAGAUGGUGAAUUGGCAGGAACUGGGCAACAAUCAUUAUGUACAGAGAGUAAUUUAGUCAUCAAACAAGAGGACAACAUUUCUGACUUAUCUAGUGAAAUGAUUAUCCCAGAGGAUAAACCACACACAUUUACGGAAUACUCCAAACAUUUUAAGGAAGGGAAAAGUCUUAAGUCUAACCAAAUGAUUCAUACAAAUAAGAAACCAUUCAAAUGUACAGAAUGUGAGAAAAGCUUCACAUGUAAUUUGCAUCUCCUUGAACACUACACAGUUCACACAGUUGUGAAACCUCACAUGUGCACAGAAUGUGGUAGAUGUUUCAUAUCUAAACAAAGCCUUAUGUAUCACAAAAAGACCCACACAGGGGAGAAACCUUUCACAUGUAAUGAGUGUGAGAGAUGUUUCAGAUCCAAAGCAAAUCUCAUAUCUCAUGAAAAGACCCACAUAGGGGAGAAAUCUUUCACAUGUACAAAAUGUGAAAAAAGUUUUACACAUAAGAGUAAUCUGAAAACUCAUGAACGGCUUCACACAGGAGAAAAGCCAUUCACAUGUACAAAGUGUGGAAAAGGAUUUAGGAUCAAGAGUGAUCUAAAAUAUCAUGAUAGGAUUCACACAGGUGAAAAGCCUUUCACAUGUACAGAGUGUAGAAGAAGUUUCAGACAUAUGAGUAGUCUGAAAACGCAUGAAAGGAUUCACACAGGUGAAAAGCCUUUCACAUGUACAGUGUGUAGACAAAGUUUUACACAUAUAAGUAGUCUCAAAACUCAUGAAAGGAUUCACACAGGGGAAAAUCCUUUCACGUGUACAGAGUGUGGAAAACAUUUUACACAAAUAAAUAGUCUGAAAAAUCAUGAAAGGAUUCACACAGGGGAAAAGCCUUUCACAUGUAGAGUGUGUGGAAAAUGUUUUACACAAAUAAAUAGUCUGAAAACUCAUGAAAGGAUUCACACAGGAGAAAAGCCGUUCACAUGUAUAGAGUGUGGAAAAAGUUUUACACAUAAGAGUAGACUGAGAACUCAUGAAAAGAGUCACACAGGGGAAAAGCCUUUCACAUGUACAGAGUGUGGAAAAAGUUUUACACUUAUGAGUAGUCUGAAAACUCAUGAAAAGAGUCACACAGGGGAAAAUCCUUUCACAUGUACAGAGUGUGGAAAAAGUUUUACACAUAUGAGUAGUCUGAAAAAGCAUGAAAGAAGUCACACAGGAGAAAAGCCUUUCACAUGUACAGAGUGUGGAAAAAGUUUUACACAAAUAAGUUAUCUGAAUACUCAUGAAAGGAGUCACACAGGAGAAAAGCCUUUCACGUGUACAGAGUGUGGAAAAAGGUUUACAUAUAUGAGUAAUCUGAAAACUCAUGAAAGGAGUCACACAGGAGAAAAGCCUUUCACGUGUGCAGAGUGUGGAAAAUGUUUUAGACAAAUAAAUAGUCUGAAAACUCAUGAAAGGAUUCACACAGGAGAAAAGCCUUUCACAUGUAAAGAGUGUGGAAAAAGGUUUACACAUUUGAGUAGUCUGAAAACUCAUGAAAGGAUUCACACAGGAGAAAAGCCUUUCACAUGUAAAGAGUGUGGAAAAAGGUUUAUACAUACGAGUAGUCUGAAAAUUCAUGAAAGAAGUCACACAGGGGAAAAACCUUUCACAUGUACAGAGUGUGGAAAAAGGUUUACACAUUUGAGUGGUCUGAAAACUCAUGAAAUGAGUCACACAGGGGAAAAACCUUUCACAUGUAAAGAGUGUGGAAAAAGUUAUAGACAUAUAAAUAGUCUGAAAAUUCAUGAAAGGAGUCAGUCACACAAGAGAAAAGCCUUUCACAAGUAAAGAGUGUGGAAAAAGUUUUACACAUAGGUCAUCUGAAAACUGAUGAAAGGGUUCACACAGAAGAAAAACAUUUCACAUGUUUAUAAAGUAGAAAAAGGUAUCCCGUACCAGUCAGGUAUCACAAAACAUAAAAUAUUUAUUUACAAAAUAAACUUUAUACACACUGUGUGGAAACCUUUUAAAAAUUAUCAUAAAGAGGUCUCUAAAAGAAUGGCAUUAUAAAUAAUACUUUCUAAAUCCCCAGUUACAAAAUCUCCAUAUUGAAAGUGCUCUCCUGCUGUCCUUUGUUCCUCUAAACAUGUGCACCUCAGUUUCUCUCAUAUCAAUAUGAUAGAAUCUAAACACCACACAGCAAUAUACAAAUCUGUCCUCAUACUGACCAGUUUACACAACCAUUAAACACCAAAGCACCCCCAGUAUUAUUUAUUAAUAUGCCAGUUUUAGGAGUUGUAUGUUUUGUUUACAUAGGGGAGAAAAUUAUUACAUUUACAGAAUAAAGGGGUCUUUAUAUGAAUAGAAUGCUAGAAAAUUAUAUAAACAAGAUCAGCCUUUAAUAAUUUAUGUGUAGUCUCAUAUAGAAAGAGAAACAAAAGAA